AUGCUGAAUAAUGGUAAAUCUCAUGUCUCUGACUCUAACUCGGCUUUACAAAAUAUCCCAGUGCCUGCUAUAACAACCCUGAAGGCCCUCAUGACCAUGUCUCUUGCGGUAUCAAAAAAUAAUCCAGAAAAUUGGUUAGGAAAACUACCUCUCUUAGAGGGAAAGCACAAGGCAUCUUGUACUCUCAAGUCUGCUAAGCAAAAUAUUUCGCAAACAUCUACCAUGAAGACAACAGAUGCUAGAAUGACGGCGAAUGCCAUCAAGACCUCAAUACAACCUAUGUCAAAAAAUACUAAGCAUAAAUAUCUCCCAGUAGAUUGGAUGGAGAGGUUGCCUCUCAUAGAAGGAAAACCUAAAUUGCAACCAGUUCAGCGGCCAAAUAAUAUCAGCUGUCCGGAAACGUAUAAGAAUGAUAAUUAUUUUUUAAAGCUCAAUUCGAAAAAACGGACACGUUUAACACGCAGUCGCUGUCACAAGCAGGACUGGAUCAAUCACCUGAAGCUUGUCCAUCGCACUAUGAAACGAUAA